CCAUCGGAGUUUCAGGUGAAUGGGUCACGGAGGGAGGAGGCCGGCCAGGGCACACCUUGUCGCUAGUGCCCACCUCCCUCCCCCUCCUUCUUGAGGCGGCGGCGGUGUCGUUGAGGGAGAGCGGUCCAGCCCCGGGAGCCACCGGCUAGGGACGCAGCAGAUGCCUGCGCGCCGGGGCCGUGCGGAGCGUGGUACUGGUGCCAAGAGGAAUGCUAGAUAUCUGUGCUUAAGGGAUUGAUGGUGUGCCGCAGAGGAGUGGCCGUGAAGCAGAGGAGUGGCUGGAGUUUGCUUAUCUUGGAAGCCUUGAAGCCUUGCUCAUCAUCAAGAUCAGGUGACCAGUGACAGCAGCCAUGUCUGUGAGGCCUUUUGAAAGUCCACCUCCUUACAGACCUGAUGAAUUCAAACCCAAUCAUUAUGCACCCAGCAAUGACAUGUAUGGCGGAGAAAUGCAUGUUCGACCCAUGCUCUCUCAGCCGGCAUACUCUUUCUAUCCAGAAGAUGAAAUCCUUCACUUCUACAAAUGGACGUCGCCUCCAGGGGUGAUUCGGAUCCUGUCCAUGCUCAUUAUUGUGAUGUGCAUCGCCAUAUUUGCCUGUGUGGCUUCUACACUUGCUUGGGACAGAGGCUACGGAACAGGCCUCUUUGGAGGUAGCCUAGGCUACCCUUACGGAAGUGGCUUUGGUAGCUAUGGAGGUGGCUAUGGCUAUGGUUAUGGCUAUGGUUAUGGCUAUGGCGGGUAUACAGACCCAAGGGCCGCCAAAGGUUUCCUGUUGGCCAUGGCAGCCUUUUGCUUCAUUGCUUCCUUGGUGAUAUUUAUCACCAGCAUUAUAAGAUCUGGGAUGUCCAGAACAAGAAGAUAUUACUUGACCGUGAUCAUAGUCAGCGCUAUCUUGGGCAUCUUGGUGUUUAUUGCCACAAUCGUGUACAUAAUGGGAGUCAACCCAACUGCCCAGGCUUCUGGCUCCAUGUACGGUUCGCAGAUACAUGUCAUGUGCAGCCAGUUUUAUACCGGAGGGACCGGCCUCUACGUGGAUCAGUAUUUGUAUCACUACUGUGUGGUGGACCCCCAGGAGGCUAUAGCCAUUGUCCUGGGGUUCAUGAUGAUUGUGGCUUUUGCUUUAAUCAUUUUCUUUGCUGUGAAAACCCGAAGAAAGAUGGACCGAUAUGACAAGUCCAAUAUUUUGUGGGACAAGGAACACAUUUAUGAUGAACAGCCUCCCAAUGUGGAAGAGUGGGUUAAAAACGUGUCUGCAGGCACACAAGACUUGCCUCCCCCACCAUCUGACUAUGUGGAAAGAGUUGACAGUCCCGUGGCCUACUCCUCCAACGGCAAAGUGAAUGACAAGCGGUUCUACCCAGAGUCUGUCUAUAAGUCAACGCCUCUGGUGCCUGAGGUGGCUCAGGAGCUUCCUCUGACCUCACCUGUGGAUGACUUCAGGCAGCCUCGGUACAGCAGCAGUGGUAACCUAGAGACACCUUCAAAAAGGGCUCCCACGAAAGGAAGAUCGGGGAAGUCGAGGAGAGCAGACCCAGACCACUACGAAACAGACUACACGACAGGUGGCGAAUCCUGCGACGAGCUGGAGGAGGACUGGGUCAGGGAAUAUCCACCCAUCACUUCAGAUCAACAAAGACAGCUCUACAAGAGAAGUUUUGACACAGGCCUGCAGGAGUACAAGAGUUUACAAGCGGAGCUGGACGAGGUCAAUAAAGAGCUCUCUCGUCUAGACAGAGAACUGGAUGACUACAGAGAAGAAAGUGAAGAGUACAUGGCUGCCGCUGAUGAAUAUAACAGACUAAAGCAAGUUAAGGGAUCUGCAGAUUAUAAGAGUAAGAGGAAUUACUGUAAGCAGUUGAAGAGCAAGUUGUCCCAUAUCAAGAAGAUGGUUGGGGACUAUGACAGACGGAAGACUUAGGCAGACGCGUUCGCUGGAGAAGUGAGGCACGCCUGCCUGCCUGCCUGCCUGCCUGCCUGAUGUCUCUGCAGUUCUCUUCAGAGGCCAACUCUCUUUGGACUGCAAUCUGGGAAGUCAAAACUUUGUGACCAUUACAAAGUUUCCAUAGCUUUAAUAGCAUCAGUUUCACCCCAUCAGUGUUGAAGCGUUUUAUAAAUGGCUUUUGAUAACCGACUGGGCCGAACACUCCAGUUAGGCAUCUUCCAUUUUCAACAUUGAUUCUUGUAUUAAGAAUGAAAUGUUGUUUGAGGUUUUAAACAUAAAGAAAAGUCUGGUGUGACCUGUGUUGUGAACAAUCCCAUGCAGACAAUGAUGUCAUAAUACCCAAGUGUGUUCGUCCAGGUAGACCAUCUCAUUAAUCUUCACGGCAGCCCUUCAAGUGACCAUUAUUUAUAAUCUUGUUGCUUUUGGUUUUUCGAGACAGGGUUUCUCUGUGUAGUCUUCUACUGUCCUAGACCUCACUCUGUAGAUCAGGCUGGCCUCCAACUCGGAGACAUCUGCCUGCCUUUGCUUCCUGAGUGCUGGGAUUAAAGACUCCCACCAAACUGUCCCUGCAGUGACAUCUCAAUUGAAACUUCUUGCUUUCCAAAAGCAGUUUUGACCAAGUCUGUUUUAUGACUAUCAAAUUACAGCGUUUCUGCCUCUGGUGUCUCCGCUAUUGUGUACAAUUCAUUCAGCCACCUUUCCUACUGGUGUUUUUCUUACAGUGACUUUAACAUAAAUGAUUAGGAAUAUUUUUGUCUUUGCUUUUUUUUUCUAAUACUUAAGAUUAUGUAAAAUUAACAAAUGUGUGAAAUUUAAUACUUGUAAAUACAUAUUUACUUUUGAAAGAUCAUUUGAAAUCUGGGGUUAGAGUUUUGUGCAUUUUUUAAAGUGCCCUUUAUCUUUUAUAGUUUACAUGCUUUUAUUUUUUUUGAUAACCCACUAGACUUUUUCACUGUAUCAGAGUAUCCAAUUGCAUUCAUAAUUAUGACUUGAAUUGUAUUUCACAGGAAUGCUCAAGUUCUGUACAUAUUUUGUAAGGUAUUAAACUGGAUGUGCUCUUCCUAUAAUGUUUGACGUCAUGAGCGCUGUUAUAUUCAGUUGUACAAAACUAUACUCAAGAGUUUCAGUUGUGUGAACUAUCUUGGGUGCUGUGCGAGUUGGUAAUUCCCCAGUCCUUGGGCAGUGAACAAAAUGAAUAUGUCUGGAAAUGGGAUAAAGUUCAUAGACCAGCACAGUGCUUCAGUGUCUGUAAAUCUCAUGAUGUUCUCUAAAAAUUAAAAUUCUUUUUAGUGGAAUUAGUUAGUAAAAUUAGUUGAUAAUACUGUAUAAACCAAAUUGACUGUGUACAUUUAGCCCAAUUUGGUCUGUUUUAGCUGAAAAUGUUUUAUAUACUUUUCAGACAUGUAAGUAUAUGUUUUUGUUUCUACAAUUUUGAAAUAUUUUCCAACGAUGAAAUUUUAAAUAAUGUUUUUUGUAACACAGGUUCAGUUUUUUUCAAAUUGGGGAAAAUUUUUAUUUUCUAUAUGCUGAACACAGAGCAAAAAGUAUUUUCAUAGCUUUUGGAUUGACACCAAGUAGAAGGGAUUGUCUGCAACCCCUUCACUGACAUUUAUGUUAAUUAGCCCUCUGUUCCUGGAUGUCAUUGUGCUUUUAUGCUGUUUUGUUUUGUUUUAGACAGAGUUUCACGAGGUAGCUUGAGCCUUGACGUGACGGUUGGUUCAGACUGACCUCCACUUUGCAGGUGGUAGGGUUACGGGUUCUACUCCAUGCCUGGCUCAUACUUAGGUUAUGAGGCCAGCUUGCUGCUGUCCUCACAAAGCAAUUGAGUGAAGAAAAGGAAGUGGUAGGAAUCAUAAAACUGUGCCAUAAAAUUAGAUGUUGGGAGAAAUAAUUCCUUUUCAUGCGGUGCUACCACUGCAGGCCUGCACUCAGUACCAGGGUAUAUGCGUCUGUUGGUGCUGGAAUUAACUAGCUGACCUGACCCAGAGAAGCUGUUUAGGCAGUUCCUUAAUGUAAACUAAGGGGUUAGAUUAAACUUCAGAGGCUUCUUACAUUCUGACCUGUGGUUCGCUUACCUGCUUUCUGCUAGUAAACUAUCCUGAGGGCCCGUUUGUGAAAACGUAACCCUUCUUACGAAAGUUCCCUGCAUACAACGAUGCCUUAUGUGUAUGUGUUUGUGUGUUUAAAUUAUAAGUAGAUAGGAUCAAUGUUUUCCAUGUUGAAAAGUUGAAAAUAUUAGUAUGAACAUAUAUGAACUCACCCAUCCCCCCAGGAAGAAGAAGCAAUGGAUGAUGUUUUGUUGUAUGUGCUUUCUAUUUCUGAAAUAAAGUCUAGUACUUACAGUGCA